CUCCAGGGAGAGUCAUUUCUCGGUGCUUUAGAUGAUGCUGUGCCAGUCUCCAACUUGCGGAAUCAGGCAGAGAAGGAUGCAGAAGGGGAGGUGGGAGGAGCACCAGUGAUCUUCUUUUCCCUCCCUUUUUCAUGCUUUCUCUCUUCAUUUCUUUAUUCCUCUCCUUUAAUCAUUUCUUUAGGAAAUAGGAACACUGUCUUCAGGAGCUGGUUGAUCAAGCUUCCGUGUGGAGUCUAGACUAGAAGAGGGCGUCAUUGCAGAGGGAGACCCUCUGGAGAUCUCAGAGGCCAAGUGUUGAUUGUCCCAAGUUUAGAGCAAAGAAGGAGAAGGUGCAUUUGCAUAGGAUGUAGCAGGGUGUUGGAGAAUGCUCUCAAGGGUUGUCUAAUUAGUAAAACAUAGGCUUGAGGGCCUACCCAGUCUGGGCACCGACAGUCUCUGGCCACAGAUCACUGUCUCUGUAAAGUUGUGAUUUUGUGAUCAGUGUUUUGUCUGAGCCUUUAGCACAUGCCUUGCCAUCUCUUUCUUAAACAAAACAGUGUUGGUUAUUUUUAACAUUUUUCUUACACUGAGAUAGCACAUGUUCAUUGAAGAAAAAUUAGACAAUACAGAUGAGCAAAAGAAGAAACCAGAAAGUAUUUUUAGUCCCACUGCACGAGGAAAACACCUGUCCCUAUUUUGGUGUAUGUCCUUGCAAGUGGCUUCCUGUGCGAAUAGACUAUUAUGGAUGGAGAUGUUCACAGCAUCGAUGUCACACUUGACCUUGUUUUGUCACCUGUUUUUUAUUGUUCACCAAACAAUAUUUGUGACUGACUUAGCACGCAGCAAAUGGAUAUGUCUUGGGGCAUGGUUAUCUAUGGUGUGGCUAUCUUGUAUAUAUAUAUAUUUUUAAGACUGAGUCUCGCUCUGUCACCCAGGCUGGAGUGCAGCGGCGUGAUCUCGGCUCGCUGCAACCUCUCCUUCCCGGGUUCAAGCGAUUCUCCUGCCUCAGCCUCCUGAGUAGCUGGGACUACAGGCGCCCGUCACCACGCCCAGCUAAUUUUUGUAUUUUUAGUAGAGGCGGGGUUUCACCAUGUUGGCCAGGAUGGUCUCGAUCUCCUGACCUUGUGAUCCGCCUGCCUUGGCCUCCCAAAGUGCUGGGAUUACAGGCGUGAGCCACCGCGCCCAACCUCUUGUAAUUUUUUUCUUUUUUUUUUUCUUCUGCUUAUAAGUUUAUUCAAUGCAAAAUAACCCUCACCAGUUUUACUGAGGUGGCUGACCAUGUCCACGACCAAAUACGCCUGUAAACUGAAAUUCGGUUGCUGACCCAUUCCCAGCCUCAGCUUUCUCAUUGGCACCAGGGGGACAGCACUCCAUCUGUGGGUGUCUCUUUCUCUCUAUGGCUGUCUGUCUGUGGGUGUCUCUCCUGUCUGUGGGUGUCUCUGUCUGUGGGUGUCUUUCCCCAUCUAUGGCUAUCUCUCUCUGUCUGUGGGUAUCUCUCCCAUCUGUGGGUGUCCAUCUCUGUCUUUGGGUGUCUCUCUCUGUGAGUGUCUCUCUGUGGUUGUCUCUCCUCGUCUGUGGGUGUCUCUGUCUGUGGGUGUCUCUCUGUGAGUGUCUCUCUCUGUGGGUGUCUCCUCGUCUGUGGGUGUCUCUUCUCAUCUGUGGGUAUCUCUCCCUGUCUGUGGGUAUCUCUGUUGGCUUCCCCUCUUGUGGGUCUUGCAGGUCGGUCAUGCUCCAGACCUUUAGGCCGCAGCCUGCCAGUCUCCAGACCGCUAUGGCAUGGGGUAGCAGACAUGCUCUCCAGGGGCAGAUGGUGGUAAUCGCAGAGAUUCUGGAUCCCCAUGUGGGUGAGGUACCAGUAGAAAUGUCUUUAGGCAAACUCCUUCCUGCAGCCUCAGGACCUGAGAGACUGCCUGGCCUUCAUGACGUGAAGGUUGGGCACAUUCUCAUCUGCCAGCUCCGGGUCUUAGGCAGGUGGACAUUCUUCUUGGCUACCAUGACUCCCUCCUUAAAAAGGAGUUCAUAAAUAGCAAUCUGGUUCUUCUUAGGCAUCAACAUCUCUGCGGCUGUAGGGUCCAGGUCCGGGGCUGGAAAGCAUGAUUUUUUUCUAACUGAUCCCUGCUGAUGGCAUCUAGAUUGUUCCUGGUUUUUCACCAUACCAGGGCUGUGAUGAGCAUCUUGGUGCAUUUCGGAUGACGUCUCCAGAUACUGUUACAGAACGAGUAUUUUUGAGGUUCUUGAGGCAUGUUGCCAAGUUGUUUCCAGAAAGCUGCACAGACUUAUUCUGCAGCCUAGAAUUCUAGAAUCACAGGGUUCUGCACAACCUAGAAUUUUAGAAUCACAGGGUUCUGCACAGCUAGAAUUCUAGAAUCACAGGGUUCUGCACAGCUAGAAUUCUAGAAUCACAGGGUUCUGCACAGCUAGAAUUCUAGAAUCACAGGGUUCUGCACAGCUAGAAUUCUAGAAUCACAGGGUUCUGCACAGCCUAGAAUUCUAGAAUCACAGGGUUCUGCACAGCUAGAAUUCUAGAAUCACAGGGUUCUGCACAGCUAGAAUUCUAGAAUCACAGGGUUCUGCACAGCUAGAAUUCUAGAAUCACAGGGUUCUGCACAGCCUAGAGUUCUGGAAUCACAGGGUUCUGCACAGCUAGAAUUCUAGAAUCACAGGGUUCUGCACAGCUAGAAUUCUAGAAUCACAGGGUUCUGCACAGCCUAGAGUUCUGGAAUCACAGGGUUCUGCACAGCUAGAAUUCUAGAAUCACAGGGUUCUGCACAGCUAGAAUUCUAGAAUCACAGGGUUCUGCACAGCUAGAAUUCUAGAAUCACAGGGUUCUGCACAGCUAGAGUUCUAGAAUCACAGGCUCCCAGGGUUGCAGGGACACUUUGGAGUGUCUCCCUUAGCAUCUCAUGAAGUGUGGGAAUUCCGAGGUGGUGGCGGAGGAAGUGUUUUCCAUCUUUGGUGCUUUCGGUCCUUCUGGUGACAGCGCUCACUGCCUCUGCUUGCUGUACGGGACCAGCUGAUGGAACAGACAGGGAGGGACUUUUUAUCUGGCCAUUGGCCAUUGCCACACACUUUGUGUACCCCGUUUUGUGUAAUUCUGACUACAACCUUGUGGGAUCUAGGCAGGUCAUUGCUGUUUUGCAAGUGGGGUUGUUGAAGCCACAGGAGAUGAAAUAAGCUGCUGUCCCCCAGCCAUUGAGUGCUGAUAGGAUCAGGAGUGCCACUUGGUGUGGCUGACCCCAGACCCUGUGCGUGUUACCUCUAAGCUACAUUCUAGAGCAGACUUUUUGCCCACACAAGCCUUAAAUGUGGGCUGGGGACAGUGGCUCACGCCUGUAAUCCCAGCACUUUGGGAGGACAAGGUGGGCAGAUCACCUGAGGCCAGGGGUUCAAGACCGGGCUGGCCAACAUGGUGAAACCGUCUCUACUAAAAAUACAAAAAUUAGCCAGGUGUGGUGGUGCGUGCCUAUAGUCCCAGCUACUCGGGAGGCUGACGCAUGAGAAUUGCUUGAACCUGGGAGGUAGAGGGUGCAGUAAGUCAAGACUGUGCCAUUGCACUCUAGCCUGGGCAACAGAGCAAGACUCCAUCUCGAAAAAAACAACAAAACCUUAAAUGUAUUUUUGAGGCUGUGUUUAAAAAUGGGGAGAUUUUACACAAAAUAUCCAGAUUUCUGGAUUCUUUUGAAGAAUCAGAAGAUCUGACAAUACUGAGCCUCACAUUCCUGCACACGCAGCAGCCGUCGCUGGAGCCACUGCCUCCAUUAGUUUGAAUUUACUGCAGACCCCACUCCUCCCUGUCGUCCCUGUCUCCAGACCACAGAGUUAGUUGUCAUUGAUCGUGUGCCGCUUGUUGUUUUUUUCAAAGUAGAGAAGUACUUCUUCACGCUGUGUCUCUAUCAAAAAUGGACAAGUGAAAGAUGUUUCAAGAAAUGAAAAGAUUUUUUUAGUAACAAAAAAUUUCUAGUGUGUUUCUCAUAUAAAUAAAAUGUGUCCUGUAUGUAGUCAGGGUUCCUCAGAGAAGCCCGAAGCUACAGGAUAUAGAUAUGUAGAGAGAUUGUUGGGGCUUGGCGAGUCCAAAAUCUGCAGGGCAGGGCUGGCAGGCUGGGGACUCAGGAAUGCGCGCAGCAGAGUCCUAAGGUGGUGUGCUGGUGGGAUUCUUGCUCGGGGAAGGUCAGUCUUUGUUCUUGUAAAGCCUGCAACUGGUUGGAUGUGGUCCACCCACAUUGCAGAAGGGAAUGUACUAUCCUCCUAGUUCACCGAUUUAAAUGUUAAUCUCAUCCAAAAACACCUUCACAGAAACAUCCUGAAUAAUUUUUGACCACAUAUCUGAGCACCGUGGCCCAGCCAAGUUGACAUAUUAAAUUAACCCUUGUAGUCCCUUUUUAAACUUACACCCAUUGCAACUUAGGUCGCUGCUAUGGAGCAAGCCACAGAACCUGGCCUCUUAACUCAUUUACCCGGGCUGACCCUUUAGGACUUUGAGUCACCAACACCUCACUAGAGAACAAGCAUAAUGAAGAAGCUCUGCUGUAAUUCGUUAAUGUUGACACUUUUUUCUUUAAAGAUGUCUCAUGCUGAGCUUGGUGGCACACGCCUAUAAUCCCAGCACUUUGGGAGGCUGAGAUGAGAGGAUGGCUUGAGCUCAGAGGUUCAAGACCAGCCUGGGCAACAUAGUAAGAUUCCGUCUCUACAAAAAAGAAAAGAAAAAAAGUUGUCUCAUAAUUAUUAAAAACCACUAUUCCAGAUCAUGGAUAAUAAUUGUCAGAACAGGUAUAUUGUUGAAAAAGAAAAAAAAAACCGGAAGCAGUCGCUUUCAGCUUUGUAAUACUGCAGCAAAUGUCACAGUAGACAAGGGUUUGUUUAAAGUAGGAGAUUAGUGGAGUCUCUGCUGAUGGGGGUUCUGGGUGUUUAAAAACCAGAGAAAGGAACCGGCGGUUUUAGGGACUAGGUCCCAGCUUCUCAGGACAGCCUGAGGACCCUCCAAGAGCUGCCAUCACCAUGCUGUCCUCGGCUGUGGGUCACUGCUGGUGAGGUCCAUCCUGCACUGCGGGACACGGGCACAGGCUGAGCGGUGCCCACCAAGGAGGCAGGAGCAGCGGGUGGAGGCGCCGGGGCAGACUGUCCCUCUCCUGGAAAUGGAGUGAUUUACAUUUGGCAUCUGUUUGGACCCCAGAGUGGGAAUUGGCUUUGUAAUUUCUUCUGUCAUGCCGCUCUCAGAAAAUUAAGCUGUUUACCCGACAGACUAUGGAAGGUUAACGGCUCUUCUGGGAAAGGUCAAGUGGUCAUUUGCAGGGAGGCUGUGCUGAAUAAUCUGAAACGGCAGAAGAAUAAAGCAUAAAAUCGCAUCUGACUCCUCCUACUGGGCUUCCCCCUUUCUUUCCAGCAUCCACGGGUUCCUCUUUGUGGCUAGAACAUUCACGUCCUAAGUCGGGCUGCCGUUGGCUGGGUUAAACCAGUAACCAGUAACAGGAGAAAUAUGUCGCAUCUCUAGUGUGUGGAGAUUACCGGGCCUUUAUAUUAAAAAAAAAUUUUAAGUGCUUAUAUUUGCUCUGUCUCUAAAAAAUGUUUCCAGGUAACAGUUGGCCUCAAGAUGCCUUUUUGUUUUUCUGAAUGAAUAAGGAAUAAAGAAAAAUUCUGGGCACUAUAAAAUCAAGCCCAGAUUCAGUUUUUUAAAAAAUAAAUGUUAAAGUUUCUCAUUUUGAUUUCUGGAAGUUUGUGUUCUCCUUGGACUCUAAAGAUUAGCUGCAAAGACAAGGUUUUGAUUGUGUAUUUUAAGUUGCACGUUCAGUUUUUUAAAAAUCCCAUCCAGGACUAAAUUUAAACAUAAGAAAAUCCAGGUUUCUUUCGCUUUAGAAGAGGCUGCAGGGAACCUGAGGCCAGCGGAAGUGGCGCCGCAUGGGUCCCCUUAGGAGGUUUUGCCAGAUGAUGGGAGGUGCUUGCUCCCAUCCACCCAACCUCUAGCUCCUCCAGCCGUCCCCAGGGUAGCUGAGGGACAGGGGUCUGGGCCCAGAAGCCCCCAGAAUCCUCAGCUCCAAACAGAGCUGUACCUGUCGCAAUGGAGUAGUUUUGUUGAUUUCAGGUUUUCUUUUGUUGCUGGGUAAGCAUUUCCUGUGUGGGGUACAUUCCUUCCUCCGUCCUGGCUUACUUCCACGCAUCACUUCAUUAGGGAGGCCCUCCCUACCCACCUCGAUGCCCUCCUUCUCCUGGCACAGGUGGGCAGGAGGGGACGAGGGUCAUGGCCUUUGAGGGCCUUGCCUGUGGUGGCGUGGCCACCCUGGUCCUCAGCAGGGUGCUCAGUGGAUUCCAAGGUGCUCCCUGGACCUGGACCUCCCCUUCACUUCCUUUUAGCUCAGGUCUCAGCUUUCCAUGCCUCUCCUGCCUCCCUGAACCCAGCCUGUCCCCCGCCCUGUUCAAGCAGACUGCCCCUCCCCUGGGUCCUGCCCUUUAAAGUUUGUCUGUGGGCUUUUUUGCUUCCCCACCAGACUGUGAGUCCCUGCGGAGCAGGCUGGGGCUGGGAGUAUCCCUGAGUCCUGCAAAGGGCUGUGGAGCAUCUGGGAUCGUUAAUGCCAAGGGGGACCAAGGUAACCUGGGCCAUUUGCAGCACCAGCCAGUGCAGGCCCCAGGACCCGGUGUCCCCUCACCGUUUCCUGAGAACUCUGGACCCCACUAAGGAAACCAUCAGACCAAAGUAGCUGAUUGUCCAACUGGGAAAAAGAAAAGGCAGUACUUUUUUAGGCCAUGUAAAUGCAAAAUAUACAUUUGAAGUCUGCGUUUAAGACAUGAACUUAGAGAUUUCUAAGCCUGUUUUUGGGGGUCACUCUAAAAGGGAGGGCAUUUGCAGGUCCCCCCUCUGUGAGCAUUCACAGCAUCCCAGCCAGCCUGUAUCCCUGUGCCGUGACCCCAGAGCACAGAGCCUCAGAGGCUGUGGAACAGGCCUGGGGUUCACGUGGAGAGUCCCAAGCCCACGUCACGACAGGAGAUGCCCACACCUUCAACAAACAGACUGCAAGCUCCAAAGCUGCCUAACGGGAGUGGCAGGGGACCAGCCCUGGCAAGGCCCGGGUUUGGCUGAAGCCCGUACCUGCAGCCCAGCUUGUAAGUUUAGCCGGGAAGCAUCUGAGGCAGGCAGUGGAGGACGCACAGGGGUGAGCGGUUCAUCUGACAGGUGUGGCUGGGUGCCUCCUACAGCUUCAAGGCAUCAGGUGGGGCAGAAAGGGACAGGCAGGGUGCCCAGGAGUGGCGGAGCUGGAGGAAGGGCACAGCCCCAGGGCAGCUCCCGAGGAGCUCAGUUCUCACACCCCAGGUGGUCACAGAACACAUUUCAGCCCCCCAAACUGAACAGGGCUGUGUUCAUUUUUUCCUUCCCCCAGCUCAUAUCUUAUUGCUUGUGUCAGCCUGGGUGAAAGGUUAUUUAUAAUAAUAUUCUCCUGUCUCAUCUGGGCAGCUUCUGCAUGGAAGGUACCGAGUUAAUAACUUUGCAUGCGUUAUUUUGUUCAAGCUUCACAGCAAUCCGUGAGGUAGGUAUUGUUUGUUGUUCGUUUUGCCCAUUUUACAGAUUAGGAAACUGAGGCCCACAGGCGUAAGCAACCCAAAGUCACACCGUUAGAAGGCAGCGAGAUCUGAAUGCUCAAGUCAGCACGCGCUCUUCUUCCCUCUCGUUUUCUGCAUACGUGCUUUCUCCACGUCUCCCAAAUCCUAAGGGCAUGGCAGGAGGAGAGGGAAACUGAUGUGAUGGUGGAUGGCAAAACGUUUUAGUGGUUCCAAGAAUCAAGCCCCCUUGUGUAUUCUUGGCUUUCAAUGAAUGCGUCUUCAGAGCAGCGCAGGUUAAACCACUUCUCCCCUCGUUGUAGUCAAUUGGCUUUGUUCAGCCAGAGCCGGGUCUGGCCCACCGUGUGUCUGGACUGUGAGUGCCUUGAGGCUCAGUGUGACGUGAUCGUAGGAUGGGCCAGGCCAGGAUGGGCCAGGCCGGGCUGCAGCCAGCCACCAAGCCAGCCCUGGGCUCAAAGAGCAGUGAGGCCAUUUUGAGAGAGGAAUGCUCCCUCGUGCAGAGCCUGUCUCCACCUCCAUGAGACGGGAAGGAACAGUUGUCUUCUCAUAAAAGCAUCUGGCGCCCAUGAAACCUGGCACCUCGCUUGGCCUCCGGCUAACGGGGCAUGCGGCAGGGUGCUGUGGAACUAAUGGAGUUCUCUUCUUCAGCCAGCAAUUAGGGGUUAAUUAUUAGCAAUUAGGGGUUCGCCACAUACCCUGUGGACCUGCUGUUCCUUCCCAGGACACAGGUCGCUUGUCAUUCUCUGUGUUAGCAACUGAAAUCGUCUGCCCUCUGGGUCCCCUGUUAAUCAUUGCAGCAGGGUCCCCACGAGUCUGACAGCAGGGUUGCGUUCUGUGCGACCCGUGGCAUCCCUGGAGCUGCUGGCUGCUGCGCUCGCCCCACUGGGUGUGGCGGCCUGCCGCCCGGCUCUGUGGUGCUGGUCUCCUGCGGUCAUUCUCAGCAUAGCACCUGGACUGCCCCUCAGCCACGGCUUGGCUCUGCAGCCAGCGGGACAGGCCUGGUGCUCAGCUCCCGAUACUUAGCAUCCUGCGGUCAGCUCCCCGUGCUCAGCAUCCCGUGCUCCAUUC